AAACGAUUAGUGGCAUUUGUGUACCUACAUAGUGAAAACAUAGUGUUUAGUGAUAGUUGUAUGGCAAGGUGACUGAAAGUGGAUGGAAAGUAAUGUCAAGCAAAGAACGUAGGAAGAAAGGUGUACUAACUUUCUCAAGUGGUGAAAAGUCAAAUUCAUUAGACUGGGACUCGCCUUCUACCAAAACAGGUACUGUGAAGAGAAGGCCAAAUUCUGGACACAAAUUUGUAAAACGAAUGCCAAGAAACUGGAAGACAAAUCAAGGAAAACCAAAGAAUCUGGUCAGAAAUGGUUCUUUAGCCCCAAAAAGUUUAAGAAUCCUAAGCCAAUCGAGGAAACAGUGUUUCAUAACUACGAAGAACUGGAUUUCGAAAUUUCCUCAAAGGAGAAAAGCAAAACAUCCUGCCACAACUAUGAACUCCUUAGCUUUGAAAAACCAAAUUUCCCAGAAACUAACAACCCAAAGGUAUUUCACAACUACGAGGAACUCGAAUUUGAGAUAA